AUGGGCAAGUUUCCACUCAUGCUCCUCCUGCUGGGGUUUUUCCCUCUUGUGCUUGUCCAAGGUCAAGCCACAUUGUGUAUGGUCUGCAGUAUUUUUGUGGGAAACACAUGUUAUGAAGGCCAAGGCAACUGUACCGUGGAACAAGGCCGUGGGUGCAGAACCAGGGAUAUCUAUGUUUUUAAUGUAAGAGAUGGGUUUAGCUACAACCACACUCAAUUGGAUUGUGCUACUCCAUGCCGAGCUUGGAAGCUGAUUAAAGGAGACUUGAAAGUUUCAAGUUUUUGCUGUCAAGGACGAAAGUUCUGUAAUAGACUUCAAGGAAGAUCAGUGGCAAAGAAGCAUUACUGA